AUGACAGACCUCGAUGACGCAAACAUUUCGGUGCGCUUCAAGCAUGGCAUCCAUACGAUCUACCUCUUCAUCGACGCCCUUGCCCCCUUCUCCAGUGCCGCCGCUGAACUCCUCAAUGUUCUGAAUGAACGAUACCCCGAUGGGCUUACCAAGUCAUUUGAUUCUUCCGAGAAGACUACCUACGAUGCAGACUCGACCCUUGCGUUUGGCGCAUUGAAGACGCCGAAUGACCCCUCGAGCGGAUGGGUCAAACUCAAGACGGGCGAUGGAGAGAAGACACCAACAGCGUUGGGACUGAAGAACAACAGUCUUCUUGCCUUUGCGGUGCUGAAUGAGGAGGGCGAUGAGCCGGAGUUUGAGGUGGAGUGGCCAAAGGAGGAUGAGGAGCUUUAUGAGGAAUAA